AUGGCUUUCUCCAGCCCACAGGAGAAGAUGCAUGCUCUCUCCCUCACCAACUUCAAAGCUGAGCUCCUGUGGGUCAAAGAUAUGGUCCUCAAAGUCAAAGGAGAACCUGUCCUUGCAGCCCAGGCUGGAGUGGAACUUGGUACCAUCGAGCAGCCAGCCCCUGUGGUGGACAGAGACUCGGUCCCCGAUCACGGGCAUCUCUGUGCCCAGGCCUUCUCCCUUGAUGAACUUAAGCACACCCUCAUCCUGCUUGGGGCUGAGGACCCAGAGGGCGGGCUCACCGUCCUCGUCCCCAGGGAUGGGGUGUGCGGGGACCUCAUUCUCCCCUGGCCAGGCCGCCGAGUGACAGUCGUGUUGGCCGUCGUUGCUCUGAGCUGCUCCGGGCAGCAGGGAACCAGACACCGCAGCUUAGAGAGGUAG